GAAAUCAUAAUGUCAUUAAUAAUAAAAACUACGGCGAAUGUUUGGGAAAUGGAAAAAGGAUUUGAUAUUAUUUUAUUUAUUGACAAAAACAAUGUCCACAAUAGUGAAUACUCGAAGAACGAAUGUUUUCGUCGCAUAAAUGUCAAAUAUCCAUUCCAAAAGUUAUUCUUGACAAGGAUUAUAAACGUGUUGGGAAAAUCGUGCGCACUAGUAUAUUCUGUGUACGGCGAGUCCAUAUGCUGUUUGUUGCUGAACGGCUCGCAAACUCAGCGGAAAAACGAAAACAGCUACGUAAAACACGGUCAUGGCAAGAAAAGGAAGAAAAAAAGCAGCAUUAUGUCCGACGUCGAAACCGGACUGCGGACCAUCAGGGACCGGUUAACAGAUUACCGAUAUCUGGGAGUGCAGUGCUGGACGCGACCAGUCGCGUAUGAUUUUGAGCUAAUUUUCCGAACAGUAUUCCGCAAAGACAACAGCGAUUUCUGGCUGUGCAGCCAGUGGAGGCAGUUGCCGUCUCCCCGCGAAUUUGUCCGCAUUGCCGAUGAAUUUAACAACAAUAAUUGUGGGGCACCCCGCAUCAAAAUUAUCAAGAAAAAUAAUGCCAACGACCGAAAAUCGUCAAAUAAAAUAAUAUUGCCAACGACGACGGCGUUUAUCCCAAAAUUGAAACCCAUGAUAACAGUCGCCAUCGAACUGCUGCAAUUCGACGAUGAUUAUGAGAGACCAACUAUGAAACCACCAAACAUACCAGUGAUUAAAAUAAUUCCACAAAAUAUUUGGGAAUUAGACACAGACGUUGAUAUUGUUUUAUUCCUUGACUUGGAAACCAUGUACAUGGACGAUUGGGAAGAUGAAGUAGUGGAACGUGUUAACGACUAUUAUCCUUUCAAAAAUAGGUUGUUGCAUGACAUACAGGUUAUGCCCCUUGGCUCGGGCACCGUAAAAAUAUAUCGACAAAAUGGCGUGUCGAUAUUCUGCAUAUUCUUCAGCAAUCGCAUGACCACCUUUAGCGACUGGAUGGAAAAUGCACUGAUCGGCAUCAAGAGAAUGUUAGCAGGUCACGUACAGUUGGCCAUCCAACUGGAUUUGUCUCUAUCAAAGUUUCAAUUGAAUAUCUACAGUAAUCUUUACUUUUUUUUCCAAUCGGUGUUCACGUACGACACAGUUAUUAUAUGGUUAUGUGGUAAUGGCGUGUAAUUCUAAAGGGAA